GGAGAAAACUGCACGAGCUAAUGCACCCUAGACACUGAGCCACCCCCAGCUCUGGUGCAUGGUCCCAGCGGAGCUCGGCCGGUCGGGGCUGCAGCGAGCGCCCAGCCCGUCGGAGGAGCGGCCGCUGCUGCGGAGCGACCCGGAGAACUUUCUGUGCCCCAGAGCCCGGUGCAGGGCUGGAGCUGCGGCGGGGGCUGCCAGCAUGAGGCGGCUCGGGGGCUCCCUCCUGCCGCUGUUGCUGGGAGCCCUGCUCUGCGUCCGAGGUGUAACAAGCAGCACUGACUGUUCCUGUGGACGCAAUCACUUUACUUGUGCAGUCAGUGCCUUUGGCGAGUGCACGUGCAUCCCGGCUCAGUGGCAAUGUGAUGGUGACAAUGACUGUGGGGACCAUAGUGAUGAAGAUGGCUGCAUGCUGCCUACUUGCUCGCCCUUGGAUUUCCACUGUGACAAUGGGAAGUGCAUCCGUCGCUCCUGGGUCUGUGAUGGAGACAAUGACUGUGAAGAUGAUUCUGAUGAACAGGACUGCCCACCACGGGAAUGCGAGGAGGAUGAGUUCUCGUGUCAGAAUGGAUAUUGCAUCCGCAGCCUGUGGCACUGUGACGGUGACAAUGACUGUGGUGACAACAGCGAUGAGCAGUGUGACAUGAGGAAAUGUUCAGAGAAGGAAUUCCGCUGCAGUGAUGGCAGCUGCAUAGCCGAGCACUGGUUCUGUGAUGGCGAUACAGACUGCAAGGAUGGCUCGGAUGAGGAGAACUGCCCAUCAGAUGUUCCAGCCACAACCUGUAGCCUGGAGGAGUUCCAGUGUGCCUAUGGACGCUGCAUUCUGGACAUCUACCAUUGUGAUGGAGACGAUGACUGCGGGGACUGGUCUGAUGAGUCCGACUGCUCAUCUCACCAGCCGUGCCGCUCCGGGGAAUUCAUGUGCAACAGCGGCUUGUGUAUCAAUGCAGGCUGGCGGUGUGAUGGCGACUUUGAUUGUGAUGACCAGUCAGAUGAGAAGAACUGCACCACAUCCAUGUGCACAGCUGACCAAUUCCGCUGUAAAUCUGGGCGCUGUGUCCGUCUGUCAUGGCGUUGUGAUGGAGAGGAUGACUGUUCUGACAACAGUGAUGAGGAGAGCUGUGAGAACACAGGGAGUCCCCAGUGUGCCCCUGACCAGUUCCUUUGUGGGAACGGGCGCUGUAUUGGCCAGAGGAAGCUGUGCAACGGUGUGAACGACUGUGGAGAUGGCAGCGACGAGAGUCCCCACCAAAACUGCCGUCCACGGACAGGUGAGGAGAACUGCAAUCUCAACAAUGGGGGCUGUGCCCAGAAGUGCCAGAUGGUGCGAGGGACGGUGCAGUGCACCUGCCACACAGGUUACAGGCUGCUGGAGGACGGCCGAUCAUGUCAAGAUGUGAAUGAAUGUGCUGAGGAGGGUUACUGCAGCCAGGGCUGCACCAACAGUGAGGGUGGCUUCCAGUGCUGGUGUGAGCAAGGCUAUGAGCUUCGCCCGGACAAGCGCAGCUGCAAAGCUCUGGGGCCAGAGCCAGUGCUGCUCUUUGCCAAUCGGAUUGACAUCCGGCAGGUGCUGCCUCAUCGCUCGGAGUACACCUUGCUCCUGAACAACCUGGAGAAUGCCAUUGCCCUUGAUUUCCACCACAGCAAGGAGCUAGUGUUCUGGUCUGAUGUCACACUGGACCGCAUCAUGAGGGCCAACCUCAAUGGCAGCAACGUAGAGGAGGUGGUGUCCACAGGGCUGGAGAGCCCAGGUGGACUUGCCAUUGACUGGAUCCAUGACAAGCUGUACUGGACAGACUCCGGGACGUCUCGGAUUGAAGUGGCGAAUCUGGAUGGCACGCACAGAAAGGUGCUUCUGUGGGAGAACCUGGAGAAACCACGAGCAAUUGCGCUCCACCCCAUGGAGGGCACCAUCUACUGGACAGAUUGGGGCAACACACCUCGCAUUGAAUACUCCAGCAUGGAUGGCUCCAAUCGACGCAUCAUUGCUGAUACGCACCUCUUCUGGCCCAACGGGCUGACCAUUGACUAUGCUGGGCACCGGAUGUACUGGGUGGACGCCAAGCACCAUGUCAUUGAGAGGGCUGACUUGGAUGGGCGGAACAGGAAGGCUGUUAUCAGCCAAGGCCUCCCACACCCCUUUGCUAUCACAGUGUUUGAGGAUAGCCUGUACUGGACGGACUGGCACACCAAGAGCAUCAAUAGUGCCAACAAAUUCACCGGCAAGAACCAGGAGAUCAUCCGCAACAAGCUCCACUUCCCCAUGGAUAUCCACACACUGCACCCUCAGCGCCAGCCAGCAGCAGGGAAAAACCGCUGUGGGGCCAACAAUGGGGGCUGCACUCACCUGUGCUUGCCAAACAGCAAGGAUUACACCUGUGCCUGCCCCACAGGCUUCCGCAAGACCAGCAGCCACACCUGCGCUCAGAGUCUUGACAAGUUCCUGCUUUUUGCCCGAAGGAUGGACAUCCGUCGGAUCAGCUUCGACACAGAAGACCUGUCAGAUGAUGUCAUCCCCCUGGCUGAUGUGCGCAGUGCUGUGGCUCUGGACUGGGACUCCAAGGAUGACUAUGUCUACUGGACAGAUGUCAGCACCGACUCCAUUAGCAGAGCAAAAUGGGAUGGAUCAGGCCAGAAGGUUGUGGUGGAUACCAGCUUGGAAAGCCCAGCUGGACUGGCUAUCGAUUGGGUCACCAACAAGCUGUAUUGGACUGAUGCAGGAACAGACCGGAUAGAGGUCUCCAACACAGAUGGGACCAUGAGGACUGUACUGAUCUGGGAGAACCUAGAUAGACCACGAGAUAUUGUGGUGGAUCCUGUUGGAGGGUUCAUGUACUGGACUGAUUGGGGAGUCAGCCCGAAGAUUGAGCGUGCUGGUAUGGAUGCCUCCAGCCGCCUGGUGAUCAUCUCCUCCAAUCUGACUUGGCCCAACGGGCUGGCCAUUGACUACGAGUCUCAGCGCCUGUAUUGGGCGGAUGCUGGCAUGAAGACCAUUGAGUAUGCCAACCUGGAUGGCAGUGAGAGAAAGGUGCUGAUUGGAAGCAAUCUGCCCCACCCAUUUGGCCUUACUCUUUAUGGUGAGCGGAUCUACUGGACAGACUGGCAAGCCAAGAGCAUCCAGAGUGCAGACAGAAGGACGGGGCAGGCUCGUGAAACACUGCAGGAUAACUUGGAGAACCUCAUGGACAUCCAUGUUUUCCACCGGCACAGACCUACAGUACGCACAGCAUGUGGAGUUAAUAAUGGUGGCUGCAGCCACCUGUGCCUCCUGGCUCCUCUCCCUAAAGGUUAUAGCUGUACCUGCCCCACUGGUAUCAACCUCCAAGCUGAUGGCAAGACCUGCUCAUCUGGGAUGACCAGCUUCCUGAUCUUUGCCAGAAGGACGGACAUCCGCAUGGUCUCCUUGGAUAUCCCAUAUUUUGCAGACGUCGUUGUCUCAGUCAAUGUCACUAUGAAAAACACCAUUGCCAUUGGAGUGGAUCCCCAGGAAGGAAAGGUUUACUGGUCAGAUAGCACGAUGCGGAAAAUCAGCAGGGCUGCCCUGGAUGGCUCACAGUAUGAGGACAUCAUCACCACAGGUCUGCUGACCACAGAUGGGCUGGCAGUGGAUGCUAUUGGCCGCAAGGUAUAUUGGACAGACACGGGAACCAAUCGGAUUGAAGUGGGCAACCUGGAUGGAUCAAUGAGGAAGGUUUUGGUUUGGCAGAACUUGGACAGCCCAAGAGCAAUUGCAUUGUAUCACGAGAUGGGAUACAUGUACUGGACAGAUUGGGGUGAGAAUGCCAAGCUGGAGCGCUCUGGCAUGGAUGGCUCAGGACGCCUGGUGCUGAUCAGCAACAACCUGGGCUGGCCCAAUGGGCUGGCAGUGGAUAAGGCUGGAUCGCAGCUGCUGUGGGCUGAUGCGCACACAGAGCGCAUUGAGGCUGCAGACCUAAAUGGUGCAAACCGCCACACCCUGCUAUCCCCAGUGCAGCAUCCCUAUGGUCUCACCCUACUGGACUCAUACAUCUACUGGACUGACUGGCAAACCCGCAGCAUUCACAGGGCUGACAAGGACACCGGUGCCAACGUCAUCCUGGUGAGGGCAAACCUGCCCGGCCUGAUGGACAUUCAAGCUGUUGACAGGACACGGCAGCUUGGCUUUAACAAGUGCAGCAUAAGGAAUGGUGGCUGCUCCCACCUCUGCCUGCCCCACCCUGCUGGCUUCUCCUGUGCCUGCCCCACCGGCAUCCAGCUGAAGAGCGAUGAGCAGACCUGUGACCCCUCUCCAGAGACCUAUCUGCUCUUCUCCAGCCGUGGCUCUAUCCGACGCAUCUCACUGGACACAAAUGAUCACACUGAUGUGCAUGUCCCUGUCCCAGAGCUGAACAAUGUCAUCUCUCUGGACUAUGACAGUGUGGACGGCAAGAUUUACUACACAGAUGUCUUCCUUGAUGUCAUCAGGCGGGCAGACCUGAACGGCAGCAGCAUGGAGACGGUCAUUGGUCACGGGCUGAAGACCACGGAUGGCUUGGCAGUGGACUGGGUUGCCAGGAACCUGUACUGGACGGAUACAGGUCGCAACACCAUUGAAGUGGCCAGACUGGAUGGUAGCUGCAGAAAAGUGCUUAUUAAUAACAGCCUGGACGAACCCCGAGCAAUUGCUGCCUUUCCCAAGAAGGGGUACCUCUUCUGGACGGACUGGGGUCACAUCGCUAAAAUUGAGCGGGCAAACUUGGAUGGCUCUGAGCGCAAAAUUCUAAUCAACACCGACCUGGGCUGGCCCAAUGGACUGACAUUAGACUAUGAUACUAGAAGGAUUUACUGGGUGGAUGCGCAUCUUGACCGUAUCGAGAGUGCUGAUCUCAAUGGGAAGCUACGCCAGGUGCUGGUCAGCCAGGUGUCGCACCCCUUUGCCCUGACACAGCAGGACAGGUGGAUCUACUGGACUGACUGGCAAACCAAAUCUAUCCAGCGAGUGGACAAAUACUCAGGCCGAAACAAGGAGACUGUCCUGGCCAAUGUUGAGGGGCUAAUGGAUAUCAUUGUGGUCUCCCCACAGAGGCAGACAGGUACAAAUUCCUGUGGAGUGAAUAAUGGAGGCUGCACCCAUCUCUGCUUCGCCAGGGUUUCUGACUUUGUUUGUGCAUGUCCAGAUGAACCAGAUGGACGACCCUGCUCCACUGUUCCUGGCAUGGUGCCCCGUGUUCCUGAAACAACCAGCGUGAGCGAGAGGAGCCAGACCUCACCUGGCAGAUCAGGCUCCUCAACGACCAAACCCCACACAUCCCUGGAAGCAACGGAAGGAAACUGCUCUGACAAAGAUGUUGGCCAAGGCCUGUGCAACCGGAAGAAUGAGGCAGUACUGGCAACCACAGGAGAAGGGCUGCAUGUCAGCUACAUUAUUGGAGGCGUCCUCAGUGUCUUGGUCAUUCUGCUGCUUAUUGCUGCUCUAAUUAUAUACAGACACAAGAAGUCUAAGUUCACAGACUCUGGCUUGGGGAACCUGACUUACAGUAACCCGUCAUACCGGACAUCUACCCAAGAGGUGAAGAUUGAAACUAUUCCCAAGCCAACCUUGUACAACCAGCUGUGCUAUAAGAAGGAGGCUGGUCAUGAUCAUUGCUACACCAAGGAAAAGAUCAAGAUUGUGGAAGGGAUAUGCCUCUUGUCCGGUGACGAGUCUGAGUGGGAUGAUAUCAAGCAGAUACGGAGCUCCCGGGGAGGGAUACUCCGGGACCAUGUUUGCAUGAAGACUGACACUGUCUCUAUCCAGGCCAGCUCUGGCUCGCUGGAUGACACCGAAACUGAGCAGCUGCUGCAGGAGGAGCAGUCUGAGUGCAGCAGUGUCAACACGGCAGCAGCCACCCCAGAACGACGCGGCUCACUCCCAGACACAGGCUGGAAACACCAAUGCAAGCCCUCCACGGAGAGUGAGGUCUAAAGCAUGCACUACCUUGGAGAUGCCCAGCUCCUCCCCAGCCCCUGUUCCAUAUGAAUGAGACGGGACUCAUUCUGCCAUGCAGGGAGAAGCCCAGAGACUAGCUUUCGUGUUGCAAGGAGCCCAGAGACUGGCUGCCUUUCAGCAAGGAGCCGGGGCCAGACUGCUCCCUCAUGGCAGGGGGAAAUGGACCUCAGAGACCCUUUUGGCUCAUUCUCACUGUUUUGUGGUUUAUUUAUAUGUUCCCUUUUCCUGGAAGCUGCCAUGAUAACUUCUGCAGUGACCCCUCUGGGCUGAGUCUAAUUCAGAUUAUGUCCCCUCUGGCAAUCAGCGAGUCCUGCACUGUCAAGCUCACAAUUCAUGCCUCUGGGAGAGCAGAGCUUCUCCACUGCCAGCUUCUCAUCAGGCUCAGCACCUCUUGCCCCUGAUUCAUUCAGAGGCCAGCUCUGCUCUCUCUACUUUAGGGAAUUGGUGGAGGGCUGAAAGAGGGGGCAAUGUAGCAGCAGGUCACUUCUAAGGGGAUAAAGAGAGCAACCGCAGCUGCUAUGUUUCUUGUGAUUGAUGUCAUUAGAAUGUCACUGCCACUUCCCCCACUUUCUGGCUCAUCUCUACAGGAGUGAUGAAGCUUGGUGCUGGAGCACUGUGUCUGUUGCUGGCAAUGGACGCUGCUCCUAUUCAGCUGGGUGCUAUCACCCACUUCAAAAAGUAACUGAAUCAGAUAGGACUCUCCUAACUGCUUUCAGUGUAUAUUGGAGUUAGAGCUGCCAGAUCAGGGGAUAGAGUAUAUUUUUACUGCUCUUAGCUCCACAGGCCUACUGAGAGGAAACUCAGCUCAGAGGGAGAGAGUCUGGAGUCUAUUCCUUCUUUUACAUCAUCAACAAAACUGUUCAUAAAGUUCCAAUCAGAAGGCCAGCCAGUUACACUUGUGCAAGCCUAUGGAAGGCCAUGGGGCUGACUAGAUGUCACUGAGGGUCUGUUAUGGCUGGUAGAACCUUUUAUUACUAGUGAUGUGUGAAAUGGGAUGACUGGGGAAACUGUUCUAUUAGUAAACUGAGCCCAUUUGACAUGGAAUCAGAGAAAAUAACUAUGGAGCUCUAGGGGCCUUUUUUGAAUAGUCACUUAUCAACUAGAGCAGUGGCUCUCAAACUUUUUUACUGGUGACCCCUUUCACAUAGCAAGCCUCUGAGUGUAGACCCCCCCCCUUAUAAAUUAAAAACACUUUUUAUAUAUUUAACACCAUUAUAAAUGCUGGAGGCAAAGCGGGGUUUGGGGUGGAGGUUGACAGCUUGCAACCCCCCAUGUAAUAACUUCGUGACCCCCCCCCCCGAGGGGUCCCGACCCCCCGUUUGAGAACCUCUGAACUAGAGCUGUGCUUUAAGCUCCAUUUUUUUUUACUGGCAAAUAAUUCUUGCAGCAGUCUAUGUUCUUCCCCUCAGCUGUAUGAGGAUACAAUUCUAUUCUGGCUUUGCAGCCUAUGAGGCCUUUCCCUUAUAUCUGGCUCCUAUACACAGUGCAUGGUUGGUUUCCUGCUGGGCCCUGGUAACUUUGGGGUGUGUUUGGGCCUGGGUGCUGAGGGGUGUCCCAGGCAUGACAUAGGCAAUAGACACUCACAUGGAAUAGGGCUCAGGGGAAUCCACAGAUAAACCACAUACGAACUGCAAAUCCUCAUUUUUUAGGAGGGAAGGAGAGAGCAGGGAAGGCAGGGUGUGGAAAACCCACACACCUAAUUAUUUGAGCUUCAAGAGAGACAUCCCUGGCAGCAUUUGAAGCUCUAGUGCUCUCUUGACUUGCCACAUCUAAAGGAAAAAAACUUCUCCCCCUUCCAAAAGAGGGUUUAGUCCCUACAUUUCAUUCAUAGGAAUUUUAUCCAAGGUAAAAAAUGAAAUCCCAAGCCAGAUGUUUGGAAACAGAACUGUCCCAAGGAAGGAUCCCUUGUGACAAUCCCAGCCUUGCCUCCUGCUGUGGAAAGGCCAUGUGCAUUCCCAUCCAUGGGGUAGGGAGGACCCAGCUGGCGCAGGGGUGCUGCAUGGAGUGGUGAUUUGGAUGGGAUACCCAGGCAAUAUUUUUUCAUCUAGUGAACAGAGGAGAGUCCCUCCUACUUCUGUUUAGCCUUGCUCAAAUCCCAGAAACCCUGGUACUGCCCAGAGAAAAUGGCAGUUACCAGCAAGCUCGCAAUACUACUUAUACCCAGAGAUACCUCUACAGUUAAGGCAGGGAAGGUUCAUCUUAAAUUUGUAAGCCAGGCCUGAAACUCCAUCUAUAACUUGCACUAUUAGCCUGUCUGGUGUGUACUCAUGUGGGAAGUGAGUUAGGGCUGGGGCUUGAGAAUUUCCAUGUUAAUAUGGGACUCUUUCCUGUUCCCAGAGUGAAUAUUUUAAUGUAUUUGAUUGGCUCCAGACUAGGAGUUGUUGGUCCAGAUGCUACUUUUGCUUUGUGUGGUACUAGCUGCAGAUACACUUUGGGACAGAGGCUCCAAGGUCUGGAUUCACGGGGGAGAAAGAGCAGCAGGAGCCAGAGCUUUGCCAUCUCACUGACAUGGAUUUGGGCUAGCCAGGCUGCAUCACACAGGGGCAAGAGCAAGGGCUCAAGUGUUGGAGGAAGACCACAGUUAGGAGGGAGCCUGUGUGUAGGGGUUAGGGAGGGCAGUAGAAGUAGGGUAGGGAACUAGCCUGUGUUGGAAAAGGCUCUAACAUCCUGGGAGAACAGCCCUACCUCUCUUCUCCCCUGAUGAGCUUUGUGAAUGCAUCACUCUGCACUGCACAUUAAACAGCCAGGUGUGUGGGGAAGAGGGACUGGAAACAUCCACCCAUUCCUCUCAGUGGGGACUCAAUGGACCUAUGGAAAUAAUAGCUGCUUGAGUUGAGAGUGCAGAAUAGAAGGAAAAGCAGUCUUUCUAACAGCUACUGGUGUUCAAACUCUGCCUGAAACUAUGCACAUUCCUAUUCCUAGGAAGGAAACCUGUACAUUCCAGCCCCAAGACCAUUCACACAGCUACUCUAAACUUUUCCAUCCCUUCCCCUCCAACCCCGCCAGAGGUCAUAUGUCUGCUACAUUGAGGAGAUGGAGCAGGGAAAUCUCCUACAGCCCUAGUUCCACUACUGAUGUGAGCAGACAUAAGAUUCCCCAAUGUGAGCAAACAGCCCUUGUGAGAUGCUGCCUAGGGGGUGCGUUGCAUUUUCCCAUUCUGGGGAGGAAAAGGCCUUAAUUGCUUAAGGGCUAUACAGAAUGUAGAAAGGCCAGAAGUGGGGGAUGAUCUCUUGAGCACUGAUUUACUAUGUAAAAAGCAAACUUCUCUCUCCUGUCUGUCCUGAGCUAAUGGCAGUGAUUUCCCCUGCAUUCUUGUGUAAUGAUUUUAAUGUUACUCACUGGAGAGAUUGGACUUUUCUGGAGUUAUUUAACCACUAUGUUCAGUAUUUUAGGAGUUGAUAAUUUAAUAUAAAUUUAGCUUUUCUUAAUCA